CCAUAAAGAAGGAAAAUAACAAGACUGCAUAAAGAUACAUGACAUUGAAAAUAGAAAACCCUCAUCAUUUAACCGCAGUUCAGCGCAGAGCGCCGCGGUGGGCGGGCGCGUGCCAGGCUGCGACUGUGCGACAAACGCGAUGCCGACAAUCGCACAAGUUCUCCCGACCUGAACGCAAACUGACGGCUCUCGAGAUUUUAUAUGCAUGUGACACUCUCUACUCGGCUUAAGGGCGCAAUUCAUACGCCUGCAACAUUUAACUAUAGAGAAUAAAAGUUUUCAUGCCAAUGCCGCUGGGAAUGUUUCUCGUAAAUUUUUUCGUAACUUUCAUGACGGAAAAAAAUCCGAAAAUGUUUUCUACGUAAUAAUGAUAAAUACGUUUGAUGUCGUGUUUCUUUAACAUAAGACGCAAUGAACAGUGUCAGUUAAGUGAGGAUUGCGAAAUGCCUUGCUGCGGGUGCUGGUGGAACGGCCGGCAGAGGCACCGGCCCCCUGACCCUCCUGAUACCUCAGGCAAUCCCAGGAACAAAUGCGCACUGCAGCCCGGACACAGUCUGAUGGACUGGAUCCGGCUUGGCAACUCCGGGAAAGACCUCACGGGCGUCGGCGGCCGUAUGCGGCCCGUGUCGCCGGACGAACUCUCCGUGCAUAAUACGCAAAAUGACGCCUGGUUAGCUAUCCGAGGUCGCGUGUACAACAUUACACAUUAUUUGCCUUACCAUCCUGGAGGUCCAGAGGAAUUAAUGCGGGGAGUGGGAAUAGACGCUACUCAACUAUUUGAUAAAGUACAUCCGUGGGUAAACUACGAUUCCCUUCUCGCGAAAUGCCUCGUGGGUCCGCUACGACUAUUAGACAGGCCGGACGCGGAGGAACUCUUCGGCCCAUACAAUCCUUCCCCCAAAUCAGAAAACCGUCUCAGGGAACCCUCCAAAGCUCAAGAGCUCGUCAGAAAGUCCAUGGAAAAUCUUGCUAAUUGUAUCACCCCUGUUAGAAAAAAAAUGUCGGCAAAGAGCGAAGAGAACCUUAAAGGCAGUCCGCCAAGCAAAAUAAUGCAGAGUUUAAUACAAUCCAGCGAUCUGCCGGUGUCAAUAAGUCGGAGAGCAGCUGCGAGCCCUGUCAAAACGUCGGAAAAAAGUGACACCGCCCCGUCGCCUCUCCGCUUUGAUUGGAUUCAAACGUCUACUAAACUGACGUUGUCGGUAUACACGGGGCCGCUGGCAAACCCGGGCGGCUGUGCAAGGAUCAUUGAAGGGAUUUUGUUUGUUGAAGUAGCCACUAACGGGUGGGUGCGAACACUCAAAUUAGUUCCCGAGGCGAAAUUGUUAGAAGCAUUACAGCUGCGAGUGUUCGCUGAAAGCGGAAAAAUCGAGGUGAUAUCACACAAAGCGGAGCCGGGCGUGUGGAAGACCUGCGGGGAAGCAGUGGCGGGCGCGGCAAGUCGCGUGUCGACGCCGCGCUCCGUGUCGUGUCGUGUGGCGCGCGUGUCGCGGGUGUCGCACGACACGGUGCUGCUGUCGCUAGCGGCGCACGCGCAGGCGCUGGUGGCGCCGCUGGGGCAUCAUGUGCGAGUGCAUAGGACUAUAUCUGACGUGGAAUGCGUGAGAUCGUACACACCUGUCGGUGAGGGCUGGGGACCUGGUGCGGAACGGGAUAGUGCCAUACACCUCGCCGUGAAGGGGUACGACACUGGCGCGUUGUCACCCUACCUGACUGCGUUACAGCCUGGCGAUGAAGUCACAGUCUCCGGACCUUACGGAAACUUCCAGCUACAUAUGCUUAAAGGGGUGAAGGAGAUAUACUUCGUGGCGGCCGGUACGGGUAUCACGCCAAUGCUGGGUCUGCUGAAAUUCAUGCUGCCGAGGUCCAAUCCCAGAUGUGAACGCAUUCAUUUGUUAUUCUUUAACAAAACGGAGGAGGAUAUCCUGUUCCGGAAUAAUUUCAAAGAAAUCGCUAGGGAAGAUGACAGGUUCUCCGUCACCCACGUAUUGUCAGACGCCGGUCCGUCGUGGUCCGGGCACAAAGGCCGAGUGACGACCAACCUCCUCACACAAGUCAUAGGCAAGGAGUCAAUCAAGUGCAGAGACCAGUGCACGCACUUCGCCUGCGUCUGCGGUCCCACCGAGUUCACGCACACCGCCAUAGACUUACUGAAGAAACUCGACAUGAAAGAUUCAUGUAUACACGCGUUCAUGGGAUAAUGUAUAGGUAAUUUGAAUUUGUAAAUCAAAGGUGUCAAAUCGAGCUCAUGUAAAUACGACUGUUUGUGUAUUUAUUUAAGGUUCAUAAUGAAAUUUUGAAGGUUAUUAAUUUACAUCGCAGCGUAUUUUUCGAUUACAUAAUUUAUAAUGCAGGUAAUCAGGCAUCCCAAUUAAAUUCUAAUUAAAUUGAUUGAUUAGAUUGAUUUUACACUUUCUAAGCCUUCUAAGUUUACAAUUAAUAAAUACUUUAAGGUAACCAAUAAUAUUUGAAAAUAGACAUUAGACAUAGACACGCUGGUUGAGUUAGAAAUUGUAUACCUAAGUAGGUACAUAAUACAUAUUCGAAAAUUGUAAUAGUACAUAAUACGUUGCGAUGUAAUGGUUACAGAUUUGCCGAGUACUUAUCCAAAAACAUUUACAAACAGAUGUAAUAAAAUUAUGCACAAAAUGUAAAAUAGAAUUUUACGGUAAAAGUAGUGAUAUAAAUUGAAAUUGUAAUUUCAUGUACCUAUGUCCAUUAAGUAUUUAAAACAGCAAUACAAGUAUUUUAAAGAGAAGUAUCCAAUUUAAAAAGUGAUCUAAGUACAGGUAGAUAAGCCAUUUAACUAUACAUAAUAUAUGAAAUAUAUUCAGAAAAGGAGUGUAAUAUAGACACCUGAAUAGAAGUUGCAUAUGUAGGGCUAUUAUUUUUUUCUCUUUCCACGUAAAAAAGUUAACAUUCUCAAACGCUACGGUAGCGUGACUGGGGUAGUCAAAGCCACGGGGUUUAUUUUCUGCAAAAAUCAGCUUUGAGUUCAAAUAUUCCUCGUAAGAGUUGGAUCCGAUGUUUAUAAAGGUUUUGUUAACUGUGAAAAAUAUUUAAUGUUACUAUUCACAUUUCUUAAUAGCCUUAGCUUAGAUGUCCCAAACGGCCCGUCCCAGCACUGUCGUAGGUGAAAAGUUUUAUUGUGUAUUUUAUUGGCAUUUUCAGAAGCCAACUAUGUACAGUUACCUACUUACAAAUUACUCUACAUACAUAAUAUAUUUUUCUCUACAGGUAAAUUUAUUAAUUUUACAAAAACAUGGCCAAAACACCAAUGUAUAUACUACAAAGUUGGAUUAGUUUGUAAAUCAAAUGUGAUAAAAGUGAAAUGCUGUGUAGAUAAUAUUUUCUUGGCCAGUUCAGUCAAGUAUCUGUGUUAUAGGUUAAUCUCUAUAAUAAAAAUAUUAAAAAGACAAGAACUGCAGCCGAUUUUUGAAUCGAAUGAGUUGUAAGAUUAAAUAAGUUUUUAAAGAAAAGACAAUUAUUGAGGAUCGGUAAUACGACAUGUACAAUCUAUAUUUUUCAAUGUAACCUUCACAUUUUAAAUCAUAACAUAUUUCAGUACAUAUAAUCAUGUAUAAAAACUACAACACCACGGUAUUAGGACAUAUCAUAUUUGGAUUUAUUUAACGGUAUUUUGUAUAAGUACCAUAGAACAGCUUCUUUUUGUGAGGUAUGGGUAGCAAUAGCAGACGAUAGUUUCUGUAGUGUGAUAACAUUGAAUAAGAAAUAUACUAAUAAUAGGCGAAAACACCACUGAGCAGAACACCACAACACCAAUUUUACAUGUUUUAGAGUGGUCUGAUACUAGCUGAUUUCAGUCCAUUUGAACGUAAAUAGGUACAAAGAAUUCUAAAUAGAUAGCAGUUUAAUGUUUUUAACAUGUGUAAUUCAAACUUGAUCAACUUCUUUCUUCUGUAAUGGCGGUCACACGUCACACAUGUGCAUAGCCCAUAUAACACAUUUCCGAACAUAGUGGAAUACAUAGUUUCUGAGCAAUUCUCAAAAAGUUUGUACUUUUCGAUCACAUCUUAGAUUUUUAUAAAAACUAGUAUGCUGGUAGAGUAUACGAAGCUGAACAACUUCC